AUGCACUUGCUGCUGCUGCUGCUGCUGCUGUGCCAGAUCUGGCAGGAAUCUUCCUCUGAAAAGGAUCCAGAGUUUUGGAUUAAUGUAGAGGAGAUGGUGACCCUGCAGGAGGGGCUGUGUGUUUCCAUCCCCUGUUCCUUCCAUUACUCCCAGCAACAUAAGAAUAACAACACAGCUCAUGGAUAUUGGUUCCAGAGGACAAAGCAAGAUAAACUGGUGGCCACCAGUGAUACCCAACAAGAUGUCCAGUCCUGGGCCCAGAGCAGAUUCCACCUCAUUGGAGACCCACAGAUGGGCAACUGCUCCUUGAGCAUUACUGGGGUCCAGAAACAGGAUCAUGGGAAUUACUGGUUCCAGGUGGAGAAGGGGGAUCUGAGAUACAAUUACACCUCUAAAAUGCUGUUUGUCCGUGUGGAAGGUGAGCACAGUGUCCCAGGGAAGUCCUUGGGAGUGAUGGGAAGCCCAGAACAAUACAGUUAUCAAAGAAAUGGGACAGAGUAUAAAGAAGGCACACCUUUGCUGAUCCUGGAGGGUGAAUCCCUGAAACUUGACUGUGCCGCUGCCAGUAACCCUCCAGCUACCCUGAGCUGGUCCUUGGGAGACCGAAACCUGACCUCCUUGCAGACCUCCUACCCUGGGGUCUUGAGCCUGGAAAUGACAUCAUUGAGAGAAGAAGAUGGAGGAGAAUACAUGUGCCAAGCCCACAACCGACUGGGGGCCCAGAAUCUCUCUCUCUAUCUCUCUGUGCAGUACCCACCAAGGAUGCUCAAUCUCUCUUGCUCCAAGACCAAUGGGAGUAUUUUCUGUACCUGCUCUGCCCAGGCAGUACCAGCCCCCUCCCUGGACUGGUGGAUUGGAGAAAGCGCUCUGGAAAAGAAUAGCUCUGAGGAUACUCUCCGGGAGGUAUCCAUCACUUCUGGGACCUGGACCAAUAGCAGACUCAGCAUGAAAAAGGAGCUUAACCAGAACCUCAAGAUCCGAUGUGAGGGGAAGAACCAGUAUGGUGUACACAAUCUUAGCAUCCUACUGACACCAGGUGAGUAG